CUCCAACCCAUUCGAAUAACUUCCUUCAACCACUCGCGCACGUCAGCAACGCACUCCCAAUCGCAUCGCAUAACAUAUUUUUCCGAAGUAUAUAUAUAUAUAUACACACAUAUGUAUAAUUAAAUUAUAUACAUUCUUGUCUACCAAAAAAAAGGAAAAAUCAUAUACAUUCUUCUGUUUUGUCUAAUCAAUGAAUGGUGUUCCGAGGCACGAACGCCGAUGGGCGUCCGACACCGUUCCGGAUAAAGCAGCCGUGAGUACCGGAACUUCGCCGGAAACUGAGUACAACUCCUUCUCCGACGAGUAUGUUGAGGUCACUCUUGAUCUUCAAGACGACCACACCAUCGUUCUCCGCGGCGUUGAGCCGAUUACUGUCAUUAACGUCAACGAUGGUGUCGCUACUAGCGGAAACGAAACUCCGGCAUCCGAUGCGAGGUCGCCGACGGUCAGGAGGAGCUCUUCCAACAGGUUGCGGCAGUUCUCGCAGGAGCUGAAAGCCGAGGCGUUUGCCAAGGCAAGGCAGUUCUCACAGGAGCUUAAGGCGGAGCUGCGGCGGUUCUCGUGGAGUCACGGCGUGUCUGAAACGGCGUUGGUAGCUCGAGAUCUUAGGAAGCAACGCGCUCAGCUUGAUCGCAGUCGGUCCGGUGCUAAGAAAGCAAUCCGUGGACUCAAAUUUAUCAGCAGUAAAUCCAAUGGUGUUGAUGGCUGGAACGAGGUGCAGAGAAAUUUCGAUAGCUUUGCCAAGGACGGUUUUCUCUACCGCACCGAUUUUGCGCAAUGCAUAGGGAUGAGAGAUUCUAAGGAGUUCGCUCUGGAACUAUUUGAUGCUCUGAGUCGGAGACAGAGACUGAAGGUUGAAAAGAUCAGCAGAGAUGAACUUUACGAGUUCUGGUCGCAAAUUACCGAUCAAAGUUUUGAUUCGCGACUCCAGAUCUUCUUCGAUAUGGUGGACAAAAAUGAAGAUGGCAGAAUCGCGGAAGAAGAAGUGAAAGAGAUCAUCAUGCUAAGCGCUUCAGCAAAUAAGUUAUCCAGAUUGAAGGAGCAGGCCGAAGAAUAUGCAGCUCUGAUCAUGGAAGAGUUAGACCCCGAAAGACUUGGCUACAUCGAGCUAUGGCAAUUGGAGACGCUUCUGUUACAAAAGGACACGUACCUCAACUACAGCCAAGCUCUAAGCUACACAAGUCAAGCUUUGAGCCAGAACUUACAGGGACUAAGGAAGAGAAGUCCGAUACGUAGGAUGAGCCGCAGGCUGCUCUACUAUUUGCAAGAAAAUUGGAAGAGACUUUGGAUUUUAACAUUGUGGAUUUCCAUAAUGAUGGGGCUGUUUACGUGGAAGUUCAUUCAGUACAAGCGAAAAGAUGCUUAUCAUAUCAUGGGUUACUGUCUACCCACGGCGAAAGGUGCGGCUGAGACUCUUAAGUUCAACAUGGCACUUAUACUCUUGCCCGUAUGCAGAAACACCAUAACUUGGCUCCGGUCCACCAAGCUGGCUUACAUUGUACCUUUUGAUGAUAACAUCAACUUUCACAAGACAAUUGCUGCGGCCAUAGUGAUUGGUGUUAUACUUCAUGCCGGUGACCACCUUGCUUGUGAUUUUCCAAGACUUGUAAAUGCGCCUGAAUAUGUUUACAAGAAGUAUUUGAAUGGCGUAUUUGGUGAUCAUAAACCCACUUACGGAGACCUUGUUAUAGGGGUCGAGGGUAUGACUGGAAUUUUGAUGGUGGUUUUUAUGGCAAUAGCAUUUACGCUUGCAACAAAAUGGUUCAGGAGAAACCUUAUUAAGCUGCCUAAACCAUUUAAUAGGCUCACUGGUUUCAAUGCUUUCUGGUAUUCACACCACCUAUUUGUCAUUGUCUAUCUCCUGCUCAUCAUUCACGGUGUAAAUCUUUACUUCGUGCACAAAUGGUACCUUAAAACGACAUGGAUGUAUCUUGCAGUUCCAAUUUUACUUUAUGUGGGAGAAAGAACACUCAGAUUCUUCCGUUCUGGUUUGUACACAGUCCAUCUUAUAAAGGUUGCCAUUUAUCCUGGAAAUGUUCUUACUUUACAAAUGUCGAAGCCACCUCAAUUUCGUUACAAGAGCGGACAAUACAUGUUUGUGCAAUGUCCUGCUGUUUCUCCAUUUGAGUGGCAUCCAUUUUCUAUUACCUCAGCCCCUGACAAUGACUACCUGAGUGUUCACAUAAGACAACUGGGAGAUUGGACUCAGGAGCUUAAAAGGGUAUUCUCUGAGGCCUGUGAGCCUCCCGUAGCUGGGAAGAGUGGGCUUCUCAGGGCUGAUGAAACGACGAAGAAAAGUUUGCCAAAGCUGAAGAUUGAUGGACCUUACGGUGCGCCAGCACAAGACUACAGAAAAUAUGAUGUCCUGUUACUUGUCGGUCUAGGAAUAGGAGCAACACCUUUUAUCAGUAUUCUAAAAGAUCUUCUCAACAACAUUAUCAAAACGGAGGAGCUGGCGGUGAGUUUUAACGAUUCAGUCUCUGAUUCAAGUAGAGGUUCGGAUCUUAGCGUUGGGAGUACAGAUUCACCGUCUCUUAACAAAAUUUCUCCUAAACGGAAAAAAACACUGAAGACUACCAACGCUUAUUUCUACUGGGUAACAAGAGAGCAAGGUUCUUUCGAUUGGUUUAAAGGGGUUAUGAAUGAAGUUGAUGAACUUGAUCAAAGGGGUGUUAUUGAAAUGCACAACUACUUGACUAGCGUAUACGAGGAAGGGGAUGCCAGAUCCGCCCUCAUCACCAUGGUGCAAGCCCUCAACCAUGCAAAAAAUGGAUUUGAUGUUGUUUCUGGGACUAGGGUGCGAACUCAUUUUGCCAGGCCUAACUGGAAGAAGGUUUUCUCUAAAAUAUGUUCUAAGCACUGCAAUGGACGAAUAGGGGUAUUUUAUUGUGGCGCACCAGUUUUGGCCAAAGAACUAAGCAAGCUCUGCUUCGAGUUCAACGAAAAAGGUUCAACAAAAUUUGAGUUCCACAAGGAGCAUUUCUAGGGAAUUUGGACGGAGCUUUCCCAUCUGUAGUUCUGUACCACGAUUUAACACAAGUACAUGACAGCUUAAACCCGUCAUUUUAGCAACUUGUCGUAGCCAGAUUUUAAGAUUUUGUUGAAUAAGCUAAAACCUUCUGUGUAUAGAAAGUGAAGCAUUGUACAUAUCGUCCAGCAAGAUGGCUGGGCAUUUCAUCAUACACGUGGCGGCAGCGCAAAGGAGAUAUGCGCGUACUGGACUCCAGCAACAGUGCGGUACAGCUAAGUUGGACCGUUGACGUUAUUUAUAUCCUGGAGGGCCGCAUAGAUAUUUGGCAUAUACAUCAAUAGGACGACGAUAUAGACAGUUUUGAAAGUGAUAGAAGAAGUUGGGUAGAGGACUAAGGAGUGGGACAGGGUGACUUUUCAAGACCAAAUUCCUCGUUUUCCUCCCAGGAAUCUUUCUAGAAGAGUGAGGGUGAAACUGGUGAUUCACCCCUGCUUCUUCUGCUUGGAUUUCUUACCUCGGGAGGGAGAGGAGAUCUAUAUAGUAUAUAUACUGUACAUGAGACUGGUAUAGUGUGUUCUUUUUCUUAUCCUUUUAGUGGCGAACAAAUAUUAAACAAUUAUUGUUCUUUUUUCCAUAAGAACAAUAAUUGUUUAAUUAUUUCCCCUCUGCUCAUUG